AUGUCAACUCUCACUCUUCACCCAACCCCUCCUAUCCUCCCUCUCCCCGCUUCAGACCCACAAAGUAUCUACCUAAUCUCACUCCUCCAAAUCUCUAAACAUCCUUGGGUACUCUCCUCCACGACUCUAUCCACUCCUCAUUUAAAACAAGGCCACAGACCAGUCUCGUUAGAUGCUCUUGUAGUUAAUCUUACUGGCUCUAGACAUAGUUGGUCUGACAGUGAAGGAUCCGCGGAGAGGUAUAACGAUAACAAUGAUCAUGUGAAUAGGUCCAGUUUAGAUGAUUUUUUGACUAAGGAACAAUGGGCCGAAGGGUUGAUUUGGAAAGUUUAUAUCGAUGAGAGAUUGACUGAUUUAAUAAACCACACAUUAUACUCAUUAUCCCCCAACUAUUCAAAUCUAGUUUAUCCAGCUCAAACUCGUUCAUUACCUUUUCCAGAAACUUACUACGCUCCUCAAAGAGUCAGAAGUAUACAUAAAGCUCGAUUACAACAUGUGGGUUUAUGGGGUCUGGGAGGUGGAGGAGAUGAAGAUGGAGAUGAUAUUUCACGUGUGAAAUUAGAUGAGGAAUUUGUGGGAGGUGGUGCAAAGUUGAAUGAAGAAUAUGUUAGAGGUCCAGGUGGGACUGUAGCUCCUCGAGUUUGGGGAUGGGGGAUGGGUAAAGGGAAGAGAAAGAAGAUAUGGGAGGAAGAAGAGGUUUGUCACUUUAUCGGUUUUGACUUUUCCCCUCUUUUUUUCUCCUUCACCUACAACCCUUCUUUGACAUCUGAGGGUUCAAAAAGUAACGAUAUCGAAGGUUGGGCUUAA